UAAAAUCGCUCGCUGACGUGAAAUUAUUAAAAUGUAAAGAUGUUUAAUAUCUAAUUCAAUAAAGCAAUACUUAAAACUAGUUGAUUUUAAUUGUAAUAUCCAAGUCCUUUAAGUAGUUAUUGUAAUUAACUGUACAUGUGUUUAAUACCUAUAUUAUGAUGAUGGAUGCUAAUGACCUAGCCUCUGAAACUAAUAGAAAAGGUGUAGUAUCACAGGCAUGGACUCGUUUAUCCCAGAUAUAUCAAGGAUUACUAGACAAAUGGACUCCUUACACUAAAACUCGAUGGGCUGCGGCUAUUUUCCUCUUGUGUAUAUUUAUUCUUCGGGUAGUAUUGAAGCAAGGCUGGUACAUCGUAACUUAUGCCUUGGGCAUCUACCAUUUGAACUUAUUCAUUGCAUUCCUUACACCAAAAAUAGAUCCAGCCAUGGACUUUGAUGGAGAAGAUGACAAUGGUCCAGCAUUGCCAACAAGAGCCACUGAAGAAUUUAGACCAUUUAUACGGAGAUUGCCAGAAUUUAAAUUUUGGCUUGCUGUUACCAACAGCACAACUAUUGCUUUUGGUUGCACAUUUAUAGAUGCCUUUAAUAUUCCAGUAUUUUGGCCUAUACUAGUUAUGUAUUUUAUCACAUUAUUCUGCAUAACAAUGAAAAGGCAAAUAAAACACAUGAUCAAGUACCGGUACUUGCCUUUCACUCACAAUAAGCCCAAAUACAGAACUGUGGAUGCAUCUCUAUCAGUGAACUGACACAGAGUACAGGCAGAGUAAAGUAUAUAUAAAACUGUUGUAUGCUAAUAAUUUUAGAAAUACAAUUUAUAUUAUUAUGUUUCAAUUGUAUUUAUUGUUUGGUUCUUAUUACUGCUCUUAAAUUGAUUUUGUUAGAUGAGGCUAGUUUUAUAAGGUGACAUUGUAAAAUAUCGGUAAUUAAAUAGCCGCAAAUUGUUUAAGAUUAUGUAUUUCUAUACUCUACUUAAGAUUGCAAAUGUUAGCAAAAAUAUUUUUUGGUCUCUAAUAUUAUAUAUUUUUUCAUUACACCCUCAGACUACUAAGGGGAUACUACGUAUAAUGGAUACGA